AUGGCUGAUGACACACUCACUGUUGCAGCAUCGACCACUGCGUUGAAUUCUGUUGUCACCGUUGUUACAUGGGACAUGGUUCGAGAAGCUUCUGCAUCAGCCAGCACAUUCGUCAACAUCAUUCACCACCUAGAGGAUGGAUUUCCUGGACAUUGCAGAGAGCUAUCUACUGAUUUGCGUCCCUAUCAUCGCUUUGCAGUCAGUCUGUGUGUGGUAGAUGGUGUGUUACUUAUGGGUCAACGCGUGGUUAUCCCACCUGCACUUCGAAAGCAUGUACUUAAUGCACUACAUGCAGCCCACCAAGGUGUCAGUGCUAUGCGUGCACGUGCCAUAGACUCAGUGUAUUGGCCUGACAUCACAGUUGACAUUGCAAGAGUAAGGGACCAAUGUUCAUAUUGCCACCAGAUGGCUAAGUCCAACCCGAUGCAGCCCCAAUCAGACAUAACACCACCAGAUUACCCAUUUCAGAUGAUCUGCAGUGACUACUUCACUUACAAUGGCAAGGACUAUGUGGUGAUCGUGGAUAGAUAUUCCAACUGGCCUAUAGUGCACAGAUCAGAUUCCGGAGCAGAUGGUCUUGUCAAACGACUGCGAGAGACUUUUGUGACAUUUGGCAUUCCUGAGGAGUUGACAUCAGAUGGGGGCCCGCAGUUUACAGCAGGGAAAAUACAGGAAUUCCCCAAAGUCUGGGGUGUUCGGCAUAGGAUUUUAUCGGUCACAAAUUCACAUGCUAAUUGCAGGGCUGAGAUGGCAUUGAAGACUGUAAGGGCCCUACUGAUGUACAGAAAUUCCAUUGACCCGGAGACAAAGGCAUCACCAGCGUUAGUUUUGUUUGGUCGACCCAUCCGUGAUGCCAUCCCAAUACCGAUGGGUAGAUACUCACCUCAUGAAACAUGGACAGAGCUGAUGUCCCAUCGUGAGAAAGCACUCGCCAGACGUCAUGCCAGGGAACAUGAACGGUGGAAUGAACACACUCACCGGUUACCACCACUUCAGGUUGGAGAUCACGUCUACAUACAAAAUCUGGUUGGAAACUAUCCUCGGAGAUGGAAACGUACAGGGAUUGUUGUGGAAGUGCGUCAGUUUCACCAGUAUGUCAUCCGUGUGGAUGGCACUGGCAGAGUGACUCUCCGAAAUCGCCAGCACCUUCGUAAGUUCUCUCUCUUUCAUGGCACUACCUCUUGGACUGCAGUAUCACCGCCUACGUCAGAUGAACGGCCGCCUCCGGAAGCGUUUUCCGGCGACAAAGUCUCUGCUCCAGCCAUAGUGCCACAGCUGGACCAACCUACAAUACCGUUGUCACCACAGGCCCUACAGGCUCCACUUCCCUCGCCAUCACCACAUGUGUGA